UCUUCUUGAAUGCUUCAAGUUUCUUCAGAUCUUUUACCAGAGGGGAGAGUCCUCACAGAGAACUAUUCUUGCCUCUUAGGCUCUUCUCUUUCACAUGGUUUUCAUGUUUUAAGAUUUGAUUUAUUUGAUCAUUACUGUAAUGAGCCUUUUUAAAUUGAGAUUUCCAGAUAUUAUAAACAACUCAUUGUUCAGUUGCAUGGUUGUGACAUAAGCAGUAAAUUACAUAGAUGAUUUAAUUUAUUAUUUUACUUUAAUCUUUGUACGUGUUUUGAAAAUAAACUGCAUUCAGACUGGACAAGCAAACACCUUUCCCAAGAUUCCAAAAACAAGUGCAUACACGGUAAAAUGAAAUCUCAUCUCUUUCCUGGGAUUAGUUUGUAUUCAAAAAGGAAUUCACACUGAGAGUUUUUCUCCAGAUGGAUUCUCUUAGGGGUCCUACCUCAGAACAUGUGUGUGCCAUCUCACCCACAUGUGUGUGCCAUCUCUUUGCUUAGAAGGGAAUGUCUUCAUUGCAGAGUUAACUUGGGUGAUCAGCAGCUGGGUCUGAGCAUCUGGAUUACUACAGCUUGCAUGUGAGCAGCCACUGCAAAACCACAUUAGAGUUAUUGUGUCCUGACUGGUGCUUAAUCUGUUUUUUGUGCUGCAGUAUGAUGAGCUGCUCUGUUUGUUUGUUUGUUUGUUUGUUUGUUUGUUUCCCAGUGAAGUGUGGGAAAACUUGUCUUCUAGGAACACCAGAGAAGGAUUUGGGAAAUCACUGGAGGACUAUCAGAAUUGAAAUGACUUGCCAUGCAUCCUCACUACAAAGAGAGUUUUAUCAACUCAUGUGAAAUCCUUACUUGGGUUUUAGACAAUAGCUCCAGGUUUCCUCCUUCCUCACCACUGAAGCCAUAUCCAGCAAGGCCUCCAUAUAGAAAGGAAGUGAUUAAAUUUCCAGACUGGAAUGUUCCUGAAGCUGGCACUUCUCAAGAACACAUACCAGUGAAGCCUCUCAUGAUGAAUUCUGAAAUGUGGUUCAAACGUCACAGUAUAGCAAUAGGAGAAGUACCAGCUUGCAGACUUGUGCACCGCCAAGAGUUAACUCAGGCAAAUAUAGAAGAGAUAUGGAAAUCCAUGACUCUAACACAUCUGCAGAAAGUUUUGGCCUUGGAUUCUCUGGAUGAAGUACUGGAUACAAAGCUUGUGAACCCAAAGCACAUCAUACACAAUGUGUACAAUGUCAAUAAACAGGGCGUUGUCAUUUUGGAAGACAAAACAAAAGAGUUGCCUUAUUGGGUACUGUCUGCAAUGAAGUGUCUAGCAAAUUGGCCCAGUUGUUCAGAUUUGAAGCAACCUACAUACUUAGGAUUUGAAAGAGAUGUCUUCAAAACUAUAGCAGACUACUAUGGCCAGAUGAAGGAACCUCUACUCACAUUUCAUCUUUUUGAUGUUUUUGUUAGUGUGUUAGGUCUGCUGCAGAAAAAUAACAAGGCUGUUGAAGCACUUCAGGUUUCUUGUCUUCUGCUGCCACCAGAAAAUCGGAAAAAGCUGCAACUACUGAUGAAAAUGAUGGCAAGGAUCAGCCUCAACAAAGAUCUGCCACCUCUUUGUGACAUAGCUGGGACCAGAGCACUGAUGGUUCAAGCAUUUUCUCAUUGCAUCCUCCGCUCUAAAGAUGAAGUGGAUUUAAAUGAACUGCUUGCUGCUAAGCUAGUAACAUUUCUGAUGGACAAUUGCCAAGAGAUCUUGAAUGUUCCCUCCUCCUUACAGGCUGUCAUAGAGGAGCAUGUAGUACAUCUCCGAAGAGUCCAGAUAAAAUAUGCAGGCGCUGAUACUGAUACAGCUCUGCCUGGUCCAUCAUUUUGUCAUCAAAUAAGUACAGAUGAAUUUGAAUACCAAAGAGUAAAUGGCUCUCAAGAGCCACUUGCAGCUCUGUUGGAAGAAAUUGCAAUGAAUAAAGAAAUAUCUGUCAAAGACAAAAAGAAGAAGCUGAAACAGUUUCAGAAGUCCUACCCUGAUGCGUAUAAAGAAAGAUUUCCUACUCCUGAAAGUGAGGCAGUUCUAUUUCCAGGGAAAAAAAAACAGAAACCACAACUGCUGAUGUGGGCACUGAAAAAACCUUUUCAACCAUUUCAAAGAACCAGAAGCUUUCGAAUGUAGUAUUUACAGUUCACUAAUGACUCUGGAUCUCAGAAUAUUAGCAAUAGGAUAGAUCUUGUGCAAAUGGACCUUUAGACAGCUUUUAACUACUGGAAAAAAUCUUAACUACUGAAACAGUGGGAAAAGGUUAUAAUGGCAAAGUAUUUCGGAGCGGAUGCUAAGACUGAGCCAUUAUCUGUAUUUUUGUCACUGGAUAUUUUUAAUGAUUUGGUUAUUUUUAAGUACAAGAUGGGCAAUCAGAAAUGAAAACAUGGAAAAAAAUCUUUGUUUUUAUAUUGUUAGUUGCCAUUUUAAGUGUUAUGUGUAUAUUUCAGUGUUGUUUGUCACCGGUUAAUAGCAUUUUCCCUGAAAAGGAAAACAGCUGGCAUGCCUAAGGGAUUAAAACAUUGUACAUAUUUGAAUGAA